AUGAGUUUGUUUCUGACUCAAGAUCAACUGCUCUUUACAGACUUGGUUGCAACUAUCCAACAUCAACAAGAUGAUCGUGAAUUACAUUGGUUGGUGUCCCUGGUCAUACUACCAGAGUUUCCUCAAAUCAUUGAAGCUUUGACUAUUUGUUCAAACUUACUAAUGCACAAUUCUCCACAACAACCAGACCAUAGCAGCAAAAUUUUAAAAGGUCCCCCUAUCAAACUUCCGGUGUCUUCAGGAACUCAGGAUAGUCUAAAGGGUAUCAUAGUACGAGAUGGGGCUUAUGUUACCGAAUUCACGGUGUCUGUCAAGGACCACUACUUAAAUAAGGUAUUCCACAAAUUGAAGUUGAGGAAACCAGUGUUGUUGGAGCAAAUAGUCAAUGCCAAUAGUGCAAUUGACGCAUCCAUUCUGUUGAUUAACCAAUUGUCUGAGUUUACCGAAGUGCAAGACUCAGAUCACGAAAUUGAGCACCAGAGGUUGAUCAAAGUAUUCCAAAGUUUAUUGUCGACUAUUCAAACAGCUAAAACUAACCUACAACUCCCGACAGAUCCAUCAUUGGUGUUUCCUGAGAAAGUGACUCAUGGUCAAUUCUUUGAGCCUGAACUCCCUAGCACUGUACCUGUUGAUUUCUACCUCAAUCAAGCCGAGAUUUGCGUUGAUCUAAAAAGUCUAUCAAGAGUAACUGAGAAACCAUGGGGUGAUAUCGAUCCUCGUACAGGACAAUCUUAUGUUGAUAAAGUGCGUGACCAAAUGAAACUACCGCCUUCUUCCACUAAUAGUAUUAGGGGCUCUGUAGAGCAGAAGUUUCCAUCGUCUGACGUGAGCUCGACUGCAAGCCCAUCGCCCAGUGUUCAUGUGGCAAAGGAUGAAAAUGUGGGAAACUUGUUUCCUGAGCACGAUACCAAUCAUGAGACUAGCAGUUUUUUCAAUAAUAUGAUGAGCCACAUUCUGUUGAAGCCGAGACAUGAUGCUCAGGAUUAUAUCACGAGGUGUAUAACUUACAACAAGAUGGUUGUAAUGAUCAAAACAAAAAUUGAAGUCUCGUCUGAGGAUCCAGUGUUGGUUAGCUGUUUUACAAAAUUGGACUCGAUUGAGUAUUUGAUUACAAACUUUUUGCACAGUUUGAGUAACCUAGUUGGGUGA